UACACGAUCCAGUAUAAAACCUCCAGUAUGCGUCGUUCAGAUUGCUAGCAUCAAUCACUAUACAGAGUGAUUAAACCUAUUGCAACUCAGCCCUUUCUUCCUUUAUACUAGCAAUCAUGGUCGCCGGAGGAUGCAUGUGCGGAAACGUCCGCUACGAGGCCGGGGGCGAAUCUGGAGCGAGCAUUCUCUGCCACUGCCUAGAUUGCCGCAAAAUCGGCGGCAGCACCUACAGUACCAACGGAGUCUACGAGGCGGAUCAGUUUAAGAUCACCAAGGGCACUCCCAAGCAGCACAAGAAGAUAGCCGACGGUGGUAAUGAGAUGAUCUCCAACUUCUGCGGCGACUGUGGCUCGACUAUGUGGCGCGAGGGUGCCACCUUCCCAGGCAAAAGAAUCGUCAAGAUGGGAACACUAGACGACACUGACAUCGUAGACAACCUCACGAUCAACGCCGAGUUGUACUCUGGCAACAGGCCCAAGUGGGUUAAUGCACAAGAGGGCGCUGACCAGAAGAAGGGUAUGUCAUAGGGUGUUUGUGUCUGGACAGAGAUCGCUAUUCGUUAUCGCAUGCGUGGUAUCGUGGUGUAUAGUCG